AUGCGGCCGCGGCUGGUGCUCUUCGGCGACUCCAUCACCGAGUUGUCCUUCACGUCCGGCGGAUGGGGCGCUGCGCUCACCGACCGCUUCGCUCGCCAGGCUGACGUGGUGCUGCGCGGGCUCAGCGGCUACAACACGCGGUGGGCGCUCAAGGUGCUGCCGCGGGCCAUGGAGGGCGCGGCGGGCGCGGGCGCGGACCCGGCGGCCGUGACAGUCUUCUUCGGCGCCAACGACGCCUCUCUGCCGGACCAGGUGCAGGCGCACCAGCACGUGCCGCUCAAGGAGUACCAGAGCAACCUCCGCGCCAUCUGCGCCUACUUCAAGGAGCGAUGGCCCUCCACUGCUGUCAUACUCAUCACUCCCCCACCGAUUUACGAGCCAGCGAGAAUCCGGUAAACAAAUACUAGAUCCAAUUGGAAGAUACUCCUACUACAAAUCAAAUGAACCCACCAAUAUCACGCUUGUUCGCUCUACUGAUGAUGCUAGCUUUCUGCGGGAAAUGUCGUGGUCGAUCGACGAUCAUGGCAAAAAACCAAGUCAUUGGGUGCCUUUCACGCGCUGGUCCCCAUUUUGUUUUCCUAUUGCUGUGACGCAUAUAUGAUACUCCUAAAUUCCACUAUCUGCAGUUUGCCAGUUAGAAAGUGAGAAUUGCAUCCAUGCGCACUGCUGCUUUCAGUAAGUCAGAAAAGGUUGUCAGCAUUUAGAUCCAUACUGAUACUGCUGCUCAUCACUCUCUGCCAGGAACCUCCUGCAGUAGUCGGUAAAGAGAAAACACCACUUUGUCUAUCUACUGUGCAUAGCUUUAUGAAGAGAAUCUAUCAGCAACUGAGGAUAAGUUUAUGAAUCCUGUGGUGCCUUUACACUGAUUUUGCCAUUUUACUAUUUUAGCUGCUAUGCACAUAUGACAUUCAUGUUGGUUCUUCUCAUAACACUAGGUGUCACUAUGCUGUAGCCUUCCGUCUGUAUAUACUCGCUCUGUUUCACAUUUUGAAUUUUCUAGAUACAUUGCUUUUAUUAUGUAAUUUCAACUUUUUUUAGAGAGUCAAGUCGUCUCAAGUUUGAUCAGAUUUUUAGACCGAGAGGAGCAUUGGCGGUUUUGUAACGGAAUGAAUUAACGACCUGCGGCAAGCAUGGUGAAUGGGGGUGGCACUGACUUGGUGUUGGCCUGCUGCUGCGAGACCUCGAAGCAUGUCUUGAGCUGCUCCGACACGACGCCGAUAGCCAGGAAGCCGACCCACGCCAGCCCCGCACCGAUUCCGGACCGCCGCGUCAACGACGAGGCUAUCCAGUCAGUGGAGUCUGCGACGCCCGCGUGCUUCGGCCUCGCCGCUGCCGCCGCCUGCUGUGGCUGCGCUUGCACGGAGUGCCACUAUUUCUGUGGUUCCGGCUGCUCGCUGGACGAUGGCGAAGCCGAGGAAAACCCGUACCUCGGCUCCAGAUCCGCCCGUAGCCGCCGUUCGGCUUCCGUGGCACCCACCGGCGCCGGCGGUCCCCACAUCCGUUCUGAUCUCGCUCGCUGCGCUCCUCAUCCGCGUGCUGGACGUGCUCUAGCACUGCCAGAGUGAGAAGCUGCAACAGCUCGUGGAUCGAACAAGGCCUAGAAGGUACGAUUUCCCUGCCUGCUUCUCGGUCUCUCUCGCUUUUGUCAAUUCUCCUCUCAUGGUGACUGAUGCUUGUUUGUGUGGUGCCUUGGCGAGAGUUUGGCUAUCAGGUUAGGAUUGAUUGCUGCGUUGAGGUGCAUACACUAUUCAGAAAUUAGCAGUAUGCUCAAUCGCUUGUAAAACAGUUUCAUUGUUUCAUUGUUCGUAAGUAGCAUUAUGCUCGAUCUCUUGUAGUAUGAUUGUGCAAUUUCUCUUAUGCAAAAUGGUUGAUAGUGACCUACGUGAGUAAUUAAUUAUUCUAAGGGCUCAUUUGGAGCAGAGGAAUUUUUCCCGUUUCUUGCGUUUUUCCUGUGAAAACGAACUGAUUCCUGUAUGAUUCCUCUAAAAUUAUGUUUAAUACUAAUUUUUUACUCUCGUGGCAUAUCGGGUUGAGUUGUUGAAUUGGUGCGUUUGGGAAGGUAAACCUUGGAUCUCAGCGCCCAUGGCGUAGGAUUUCGCGGUGUCGGUGGGAAUGUACAGAUGCUUCUCCGAGAACGUGUGAUUUGCUUGCUCGCCCAUGAGCUUCAGAUUCAAGAAGGUGUGAGCGAUCUUAUUUGUUUGAUGUGCUGAUUUGAACUGAAAUAGAUAGAGUUGACUAUUUGGGUUUAU